AUGGCCAAUCACCUCAAGCGCCCCUUAGUCCAACAACUCUUCCUGCUCACUUUCGUUGCUGCAAUCGUAGCAGUCUCCGCUGAGCCACAGCUGCCCUACAAGAUACAGCAGCAUUCUUCCUCGUAUCCACAGCCACGCGACUUCCCAAGCGAACAGCUCUACCAUGCAUACUUCGCCAUCCAGCGAUUCAAGAACACCAUCACGUCCGACCCCAAAAACGUAACCAGCACCUGGACAGGCCACGACAUUUGCGCCACGACGAGCUACCUCGGCUUCCACUGCGGGGCGCCGCAUGGACAAGCGAGUAACCUCACGGUGACAUCAGUCAUUUUCGAUGGCUUUGGUCUAUGCUCACCGAUGCAGCAAGAUCUUGUCGACGAGCUUCCCGAUCUUGCAGUCUUCCAGGCUUCCUCCAACAACUUCGGUGGCGAAGUCCCCAUCCUCACCGGACUUUCCUACCUGUACAUGCUAGACGUCCACAACAAGCAGGGUGAUCAAUUUGAAGAAGCUAAAAGUGGAACAGCAGCAACACAUUUAAGUCAACUGUGUGUCGGGAAGAACUUUUGCCCGGGCAUACGCCUUCGCCCCAUUUUGGACCCGAAGCACCCCGCCCAUGGUGCCACGAGUGCCAAGGCACUCCUGCUCAACAACAACCAGCUAUCGGCGCCGCUUCCUGCCAACCUUGGUUUCUCCAAGGUGAGCUACCUCGCCCUCGCCAACAACAAGCUCACCGGGCCAAUCCCACCAUCAGUCGCGCACAUGCAAGACUCCCUCGUCGAGAUGCUCCUCCUCAACAACCAGCUGUCUGACUGCCUUCCCCACGAGCUGGGCAUGCUCACCAAGACCGCCGUCAUCGAUGCCGGGAUGAACCAGCUCACCGGCCCGAUCCCCUCAUCCUUCUCGUGCCUCAGCAGCGUCGAGCAGCUUAACCUGGGCGGGAACCGCCUGUACGGGCAGGUCCCCGACGCGCUCUGCAAACUCGCCGGGCCGGCCGGCCGCCUCACCAACCUCACGCUGUCGGGCAACUACUUCACGUCGGUCGGGCCGGCGUGCUCGGCACUCAUCAAGGACGGCGUGCUGGACGUGAAGCACAACUGCAUCCCCGGCUUCGCCAACCAGAGGGGCCCGGCGGAGUGCGCCUCGUUCCUGAGCCAGCCCAAGACGUGCCCGGCGGCGAGCGCUCGCGUGGCGUGCCCCGCCGCGGACGCCAAGAUGAACGUGGCGGCGCCGGAGGGGAGGGUGGCCAAGGACUACUCCAGCUACGUGGUGUACGCCACUCUGCAUGAGUGA